AUGGCCCGCGAUAUGUUCACUUCCUCCCGACCAUCCAUUGUCUCGCCGAAUCUUCCGCCACCAGUCUACCCCUCAGAUGCAGGACCGCUCCAGCCAUCUGCAAUCGCGCCGAGUCCAUCUUGCAGCAUCCUUCCCAUUUCACCCACAAGUAACUUGGUUCGGUACACACCUCCUUCGGAAGGUCAUGCCAUCCCCAAUUCUCCCUCCCAAAUGGAGCCCGGAUCAUCUUCAUCUAUAACAGUACUACAUAUAUUUUCCCAAGACGCUGCGAACGACAUUGCAGAAACCAGCGUAUCAGUCGACCUCUCCGUACUUCAAAGCCUCAGCACGAGCCAAUCAGCCACAUUUAAUACCGCCUCUCGUCCCCGCCUCCCCCUCGACCGCGGUUUCUCCGACGACACGGUUAUCGCACUCGAAGCCUACUACCCCGAUGCUCCCGACAGCGUAAGGAGGAGAAUGAGCACAGGAUAUGCCAAUUAUCCUGGCAGUUAUGGUGGUUAUGGCGGGAUGAGCGAGAGCCAGUCGAGGCGUACAGUUCCAUUCGAUGAGGAAGAUGGAGAUCCGGAGUUGCCGACAUACGUGGAGGAGGAUAAGCUGGCUUCGUCGAGGAUGGUCCAGCUUCUUCAGGAUUUUGGGACAGAAGGGAGGGCGGAGUCGACGCUCAGAGAGAGCCAGAGCUUGCAGUAG